CUCCAAAUGCAAGAUGGCGUCUAUGUUUACGGCCACGUUUAACACCCGUGAAGACAAUUGGUCCGGUGCGAUGCACUUUAGCCAAUCAAAAUUGAACAUUGAUAUUUGUCAACAAUGACUUCCAUUACUGUAUAGUAGAAAGGUGAUGAAUGUUUGAUAUUUUCUUUCAUAUAAUUUUACCACGUCAUGUAAGUAUAAAGGUAAACUAAAAUAUCUGUGCAUAUAAACAUUUGAAAUUCGAUACGAAGACAUCACAGCGCCAAAAACCCGCAGGCGGAUGCGCUGGCCGUGACGGGAGCGCGCGCGCACAGACACCGUGCACGUCCCCGUCGCCCCGACGCCGUGGAGGGGACGCGACCAGAGCGGCGUCGCAACCGACGGACAGCCUCUCCCCCGCAGCCAUAACGGGCGCUUCGCCACGGCAUCCGUAGCUCGCAGCCAGGCCACUUCUCCAGGUUCGUCAUGGAGCGCACGGCGGCCCCUUGUCGGAUAGGCCUCUGGGCUUGUGGGGCAUCCUGUCUCCGGCCUGUCAGCCCGGAAGGUCGCUUUGAUUAGACCGCGCUUCGGGGCGACGCGGGCCGGCCCGGGCGCUCUGUCCCCCGGGCUGGACGCUGACUGCGCCCUGAACACUCGUCGGAGGUUUUUUGUUUUAUUUUUACCUUUAAAGCUUCUUCUGAAGACGGACUGAUUGAGAGCUGCUGCGCAGACGCGGCGGGAUGGAGAGCUCCGGGGCGCCGUACGAUCUGGAUACAUCAGGGGGUCUGAUGGAGCAGAUCCAGACCCUGCUGGCGCCCCCCAGGCCGGAUGAAGGAGGGAAGGUGAGCCGAAAGCUGGAGGUCCGGAGAAACAGCCGGGCGGCGAACCGCGGCGCCUGUGACGGCUGCGGGGAGGGCGGCGAGCUGCUGGACUGUGACCGCUGCCCUGCUGCCUUCCAUCCCCAGUGCUGCGACCCUCCGCUGAGUGAGGAAACGCUGCCCUCUGCUGGCUGGAUGUGUCACCUCUGCAUCCUGCACAGGAAGGAGCAGGUCAACGGGCUCCUGGAGCGGACUCUGGCCAAGCCGACGCCGGACCCGGAGCUCGACGCCGUGCGGCUGGAGGGAGGGGCAGGGCCGUGGACAGAGACGAGCCCCGCCUUGGCUCAGGCGCGGCUCCUGGAGCGACCGGCCACGCCCGCCUCCGGAGCCUCCACCGACACGGCCACGCCCUCUGAGCAGAACGAGGACGAGGACCUGCUGGACGUGGAGGACGAGCCGCCGGGUCUGGGCUCGGUGUUGGACGGCGCCGGGCCGUGUCUGCAGAAGCCCUUGGCGCUGCUGAUCGCCGCCGCCAUGACGAGGGGCUGUGCAGGGUCUCCGCUGCCCAGUGAGCUUGGCGGUGCGGGGGCCAUGUCAGGGAGCAGUAAGAGGAGACGCAAAGAUCUGUCCUUCAUUGGUAAAAGCGUGAAGCGAUCCCAGCAUAAGUUGGACCCCGGUGGGCUACUUCCACUGCCAGGGAAGCUGUGCUUCUCCUGUGGCAGGAGCUGCCGCCUGGCUCCGUUGAUCCAGUGUGACUACUGCCCCCUGCUGUUCCACAUGAGCUGCACGGAUCCGCCACUGUCGGCCAUGCCCACAGGAGCGUGGGUGUGCUCCGGUCACACGCAGCGCGAGGCAGCUGUGGCAGGCAGCCUGACCGCGGGCCAGCGGUGCCAGCUGCUCGACCGCUUCCAGGACCGCGUUUCCCAGCAGGCCGUCAAACUGGACUUCCUGCAGCGGUCGCACCAGGAGCACUGGCCACACCCCCAAAAGAGGGGCAUGUUCAAGGUGCCUGAAGCCAUCAAGUCCCUGUACCGCUGUCCAUUGACCCUGCGGGCCCCAGAUGGGGUCCGAGUUGGGGAGCUCAUCUGUAAUGGUGUAUCAGACCCACCCCUUCAGCACCCACCCUCCUCAUCCGCCUCCACCUGCCGCUUCACCAGCGAGGAUGAGCAGAGAGAGUGGCUGCAAGACAUCAUCGCCCUCCAGUGCAGCUUUGUCAGGCACCUCCGGACCCCCUCCCCGUCACGGCACUGCAAGCAGGCCGACGUCAAGCCCCAUGUCACCCCCGAGGAGAGUAGCCUGGCUCGCCCCGCUGCCCCAUGUGAGGAGCAGCCUCCGGAAGCACCCCCCCGCCAUUGUGCGCCUUCCGUCAGCACCCCAGGGUCCUGUGACCUCACCGAGCAGCCCGCGGGCUCACUCGGCACCGACGUCAAAGUGGAAGACGCUGGGUCCCUCCACUCUCACCUCCGAAAGGCUCUGCCGCCAUCCACCCCCACUGCAGGCUCCUGCGCCAUCACCCUGCCCAAAGCCCCCCAGGACAGCGGCGUCGUUGACGUGGAUUUGAGUCUCCUGGAUGAGCAGCUCAUCAGGGUCCUCGCCUGGCAAAGGAUCCGGCAGUUUUCUCGGCCCAAAGCCCUGCCCCCCACAAAGCCGCAGACCCCACCCCUGCCAGCUGUGAAUACCCAGGGUCAGGCCCGCGCUGCCUUUUACCCCCUAACGGGAAAAGGUGAAGCAGUAAACAUGUGGUACAGGACCCUGUACAUAGGAACAGGUGCCGACAUGGACGUGUGCCUGACCAAGUACGGACACUGUAACUACGUGUCGGGAAAGCACGCCUGCAUCUUCUACGACGAGAACACCAAGCAUUACGAACUGCUGAACUAUAGUGAGCACGGGACCACAGUCGACAACGUCCUGUAUUCCUGCGACUUCUCGGAGAAGACCCCUCCCAUAGCCGCCGGCAGCGUGGUCCCAAGCGCGCGUACCCACGGCCGGCGCUGUAGGAAACGGAAGCGGGAGGAGGAAGGGAAGGAAGGGAUGGAGCAAAGGGUGCCAGCAGAGGGCGUGAUGAGCAGCCGGUCAAGGAGCGGCGCACACCCCCCCUGUGGUUGCCGGGCCAGCAGCUCCAGCCUGAUCGGGGGCAGCGGGGCAGGCUGGGAGGGCACGGCGCUGCUCCAUCACGGCAGCUCCGUGAAGCUGGGCUGCCUGCAGUUCGUGUUCACCGUCACGGCGUUCACGCGUGUGCCGGCAAAGGGGGAGCCGCCGGAGCGGGGCAGGGGGGUGGAGAAGCGGACAGAGCCUGAGGAAGAGGAGGUGGAGCCAGAGGACGAAGAAGAGGAGCAGGAUACGCGGACAGAGCCGGCCGCCCGGCAGACUCUCAAGCUCCACCCGCCUCUGGUGCUGUGUCACGGUGCCGUCCCCUAGCAACCAGUUACCCCGGCAACAGCCUCCCCCCCCCAGCCAACUUGUACAAAUGAAGAGGAUUUUUAAUAAUUAUUCUUAUUUAACUACAGACAUUUGCAUGAAAUGAAGUAUUUUUUGGGGCUAAAAAAUUUGUGGCAAGUUGCACAUGGAGUUUCUAAACGUUUUGUUACGUUUUGCAUACAAGGAAAGAGAAACUUUGAUACCGUUAGGGGGCGCUAGCGAGCGCGGCCUUUAUUUGGAGGGCUCGUCGGCGCCGUGUGGGUCGGAUUUUAUACGUUUCCCCCGAGUGGGAUCGAUGAUUUUCUUGGACUUUUUAAUCUCUCCGCAUCUGUACUGUUGGUGUUCUUUGCACUGCAGAUGGAUAUAAAGCAUACAAUGUGGAUACACGUGUAGGUACGUGUAAAGGCACACAUACAAAACGUGUAUUUGCAUGUACACGUCUAUGUUCGUAUGUGCGUUAAAAUAUACACGUUGUGUGUGUUUAUGCGUCUGUGUGUGUGUAUGUGUGUGUGUUUGAACACACAAAUUAAGAAACUCGGCUUGGUGCCGGCAGUGCUCUCUGGUAUAUAAACGCACUGUUUUAUUUUAAAUGUCUCCGUUGUCUACGGAACAAAGGGGAAAAAAUGUGUCCGUGUUCUCCGUUUUUCAAUUAACGUGUACAUAUUCCAGACCAUUGGAACCAGCAUCUGUGUUGUAAAUACACCAACUUUGAUGUCUAAUUGUCUGUUAAAACGGUGUAAAUAUACACAGGAUUUUUUAAAGAACAAA